ACAGUAUGAGCCACCAACGAAAUUGCUGGCCCAACCAGGAUGCGCAGAGAGUGAUACAUAUUGAUUAUUUCGGUCUCUGUGCGCAGCGCGGAGGGGAACUUCAGUAGCCUUGAUGAGGACAGCUCCCCUCCGGUCGAUGCUUUGAAGAAAGGGGAGAGCCGAAGUUAUCACAUCACAAGUCAAGUCUGCAGUAGGCCUAGCAUAAUUAUCAAACGCGCACAGUGGGGAGUGGACUGUCAUCUCCCGUGGGUAGGUGUGUGUGGCACGGGUUUUUCCCAGUAUAGUUGCAUGCCGAAUAUUGUGUGGUAAGCUACCAAGUGCAUCGACGAGCGAUGGCGGAAUGUGGAAUGAAGGCGCUGGAGGCGGCCCGCUCACGCUACGAGAGCUUGCAGAUUUCAGAUGAUGUUUUUGGGGAAUCGGGAGAUGACAGUAGCGACAAUCCCUUUUACAGCACUUCGGGUGACUCGAAUUCGGAUAACUGUUGCUUGGAGGCCGGGGAUGAUCAAAGGGCAGGUGAGACUGGGAAUUGUCUAAACGGAGGUCCACCCGGGUCUAUCUCAAAGACUCAAGCAGAGGAGGAUGGAUGGAGCGACACACUGCAAGAUAUCACGGUGGCCCCCUACAAUGACACAUAUGGCCCUAUCCAGAGAAUGCCAGCCACAGCCACUUGCAUGGACUUCUUCCAGCUCUUUGUGCCCGACAACACCAUCCAAAACAUGGUGACGCAGACAAACAUGUAUGCCAAGAAGUACCAGGAGCGCUUCGGCAGCGACGAGGGCUGGCGGAAUGUGACGGUGGCCGAGAUGAAGGCCUUCCUGGGCUUCGUGACUUCCACCAGCGUUCACCGCUGUGAGUCAGUGCUCAGCAUCUGGAGCAGCGGCUUCUUCAGCAAUCGCAGCAUUGCACUCAAGAUGAGCCAGGCGCGCUUCGAGAAGAUCCUCAAGUACUUCCAUAUCGUGGCCUUCCGCUCCAGCCACAGCAGCCAUGGCCUCUACAAGAUCCAGCCCUUCCUGGACUCACUGCAGCAGUCGUUCGGCUGCAGCACAUUCCGCCCCUCUCAGACUCAGGUGCUCCAUGAGCCUCUGAUUGAUGAGGACCCGGUGUUCAUCACCACCUGUACGGAGAGAGAGCUGAGGAAGAGGAGGAAGAGGAAAUUCAGUCUGUGGGUCCGCCAAUGCACAUCCACUGGCUUCAUCUGUCAGAUCUAUGUGCAUCUAAAGGAGGGCCAGGGUCCUGAUGGGUUGGCCACCCUGAAGAUCAAGCCUCAGCUCCACAGUAUGGUGGCCAAACAGCUGUGUCAGAACCUCUCCGGCCGCAACAGCAUCAUCUUCACCGGACCCAGCAUCACCAGCCUCAACCUGUACCAGGAGUUUGAGAAACAGGAGAUAUACUGCUGUGGGCUGCUGAGCACCAGGAAGAGUGACUGCACCGGCCUGCCCCAGUCCAUGUUGGUGAACCCUGAGAGCCCCCAGCAGAGGGGCCAGUCCCACAGCAUGAUGAGAGGUAACACCUCUCUCAUCAGCUGGUACAACAAGGGACACUUCCGCUUCCUUACCAACGCCUACUCACCCACCAAGAAAGGGGUGAUCAUCAAAAGGAAAAGUGGUGAGAUUCCCUGUCCGCUGGCUGUGGAGGCCUUCGCUGCACACCUCAGUUACAUCUGCAAGUAUGACGACAAGUACAGCAAGUAUUUCAUCUUCCACAAGCCAAACAAAACGUGGCAGCAGGUGUUCUGGCUGACCAUCAGCAUCGCCAUAAACAACGCCUAUAUCAUGUACAAGAUGUCCGAUGCCUACCAGAUUAAGCGCUACAGCCGAGCUCAGUUUGGAGAGAGACUGGUGAGGGAGCUACUGGAUUUAGACGACUGCUCUCCUACCCAGUGAGGCGACCACAUAAUCUUUGUAAUAUACGCACACACACACUGUGUACACACACUGUCACACGUACCCACAUACACACACUGUUCAUCACAUGCAAAACACUAAAACACACUAACCCAAAACACUAAUAGAUUUUUUCUUUACAAUUGUAGACACUGGGAUAGGUAAUUCCUUAAAUGAAACAAUAUUUUAACAGUGCCAAGUCUGGGUUAAAUGGGUUAGGGGACCAAACCCCCAGGUUUGGAGAGCAGGUCUAUAGUUUAGUCGGAACGCUCUAUAGAUUAAAGUUUCUUUACUGAGGCACAAAGCAGAUCCAUUGUACAGUACACAUGUCUCUAUUGUUAUUGUCACAGGCUGCAUGACAAACACACAGUUGGAUAAUGUACUGUUGUUCAAUGUGCAGAUUUCUUUAAAAGAAAUCUGGUUAAAUAUUGUUUCCAUGUAGAACAAAAUCACUCUGUAAUGUAAAUCGACCACCUAUGGAGCAACAUCGGGUGUGUUCUCUCCAAGAUAGACCUGAACCACUAAGAAGAAAUACUGUAUGCGUGUAUGUCGGUAGGUAUGUAUGUAUUUCAGUACCACUCAAAAGUUUGGACGCACCUACUCAUUCAAGGGUUUUUCUUUAUUUGUACAAUUUUCUACAUUGUAGAAUAAUAGUGAAGACAUCACACAUAUGGAAUCAUGUAUAAACCCCCCAAAAAUAUCAAAAU